CAUGUUUGCCGGAAAUUACUCGGUUGUUUUGAUGUUGGCUAAUGCAGUCAUUUGUCACAAGGGGAAGAAAAACUUUAGAUGGACACUUUGAGAUGCUGGACUAAAGAAAACCCUCUGAAUUUAUUUCGCUAUGCAUUUCUCAAGCUGAUGAAGUAAUCCUGGGGCCGAAUGAAGAUAGACAUUAAAUUUGAGAAUAUUGAUAGCUAGUGGUUAGCCGUGCAGUUAGCUGGCUAACUGAAAUCCUGCCAAUUUGACAACUUUUAUUCAGCAUGGACUCUACUGCGCUGGAACUCGAUGCUGUUAAGUUUGCCAAAACAGCUGUAACAUAUGAUCAAAAUGCCAAAUAUAACGAAGCUGUGUUUUAUUAUAAGGAGGCAGCUCAAGCUCUUAUAUAUGCUGGCAUGGCAGGAUCCAAACUGGAGGGACUGCAGGACAAGGUGAAUGAAUACCUGGAUCGGGUUCAGGCUCUUCACAACGCAGUCCAGUCACAGAAGAAUGACCCACUGAAGUCACGGCAGCAAGUGGAUCUAGAGCGCGCCCACUUUCUGGUUACCCAGGCCUUUGAGGAAGAUGAGAAGGGGAAUGGUGAUGAAGCUAUUGAGCUGUACACUCAGGCGGUAGAGUUGUGCAUCAAGACGUCCAAUGAGACAUCAGAUCAGACACUUCAGACCAAGCUGAAGCAGCUGGCACGACAGGCUCUGGACAGGGCAGAAGGUCUUAAAGAAUCCCAGUCCAAAUUAACUUCACCACAGACUCAGGACAGGACGGGGCCUCCUGGAACAAAGCCAAGCAGCUGUGUCAGUUCUGGAGGAACAGUUCGGCAGUUUUUACCACUCGGACCAGACUUCAGCCUGCAGGACCGACCGCAGCCUCAGCCAGUUCGGGCCGUCCAGUCCAGUGACCCCCAGGGUCAGCGCUACACAGCAGAGGAAAUUGAGGUGCUCAGGAGUACUUCUACAAUCAAUGGCAUUGCCUAUGUGCCCUUCAUGAGCGUGGACCUGAAGGAGCGAUUUGCCUUCCCUGUACCAUUCUCGGACAAAUCAGGGAAGCUUGCUUUGUCGCCCAAACAGAAAGCCAUCUUCUCCCGCUGGGUUCAGCCAGAUGAGAUCUGCAAUAAUCCCACCAUGAUCAUGUCUGUGUCCAGCUUCAGCAUCAAACAGACGGUGGUCUCUGACUGUUCGUUUGUGGCAUCUCUGGCAAUCAGUGCAGCUUAUGAGAGGCGUUACAACAAAAAACUCAUCACUAGCAUAAUCUACCCUCAGAACCGACGAGGGCAACCCGAGUAUAACCCAUGUGGGAAGUACAUGGUCAAACUUCACAUCAACGGCGUUCCCAGGAAGGUGAUCAUAGACGACUACCUACCGGUGGAUCGUAACGGAGAGCUGCUUUGCUCGUAUUCCAGCAACAGGAAUGAACUGUGGGUCUCUCUGAUAGAGAAGGCUUACAUGAAAGUCAUGGGCGGCUACGAUUUCCCCGGCUCCAACUCGAACAUCGAUCUGCAUGCACUGACUGGCUGGAUCCCUGAACGCAUUGCUAUGCAUUCUGACAAUCAAUCCUUCAACAAGGAAGACACCUUCCGCAUGCUCUUCCAGAGGUUUCACAAUGGCCACGUUCUCAUCACCACGGCGACAGGGGUGAUGACCGAGGAAGAGGGGGAGAAAUGGGGUUUGGUGCCAACACACGCCUAUGCAGUUCUGGACAUCAGGGAAUACAAGGGAAUGCGUUUCCUGCAGCUGAAGAAUCCGUGGAGUCAUCUACGGUGGAAAGGUCGCUACAGCGAGCGAGAUGAGAAAAACUGGACACCGGAGCUCCUCAAAUACCUCAACUUUGACCCCAAAACAGCACAAAGGUUUGAUAACGGUGUUUUCUGGAUUGCAUGGGAAGAUCUUUGUCAGUACUAUGAUGUAAUCUACUUAAGCUGGAACCCUGCGCUUUUUAAGGACUCCUCCUGUAUUCACAGCAGCUGGGAUGGGAAGCAGGGACCUGUGAAGGACGUCUACAGUCUAGCAAACAACCCUCAGUACAGGCUGGAGGUCCAGUGUCCAGCAGGGGGCGCUGCUGUGUGGGUUCUGCUCACCAGACACAUUACAGACAAGGAUGAUUUUGCUCAAAACAGAGAAUUUAUCACAUUGGUUGUUUACAAGACCGAUGGGAAGAAGGUUUACUACCCAGCGGACCCUCCCCCAUACAUCGAUGGGAUCCGCAUCAACAGCCCCCACUAUCUGACCAAGAUGAGGCUGACCACUGCAGGAACUCACAUCUUCACACUGGUGGUCUCCCAGUAUGAAAAACAGAACACUAUCAACUAUACCUUGCGGGUGUACUCUGGAUGCAAAUUCACCUUCUCCAAGAUCCCAAACCCCUUCACUCACACCAAAAGGAUCAACGGCCAGUGGAAGGGGCUCAGCGCCGGUGGAUGUGGGAACUAUAAGGACUCGUACAAACACAACCCCAUCUACCAGAUAAACCUGGAGCGGUCCGGCCCGCUGCUCAUCGAGCUGCGUGGAUCCAGGCAGUACAGUGUUGGCUUUGAGAUGGUGACAGUGUCGACGGUGGGAGAUCCUGGUCCAGCUGCCUUGCAGAAGAAGAGCAGUGGAGAUUACAGAUGUGGUUUCAGCUACGUGGAGGUGGAUCACGUCCCAGCAGGCAUCUACAACGUCAUCCCGACCACCUUCCUGCCCAAACAGGAAGGACCCUUCUUCUUGGACUUUGGCAGCACUUCACCCCUCAAGGUCUCCCAACUCCAAUGAAGACGAGAGAAAGUACUGAAAGGAAGGUACUUGGGAACAUCUUGGGAUAUUUAUGAAACUGCAGUUUGAAUGUAAACAAAGUGGAAUGAGCUCCUAGAAGGCCCACAAUGCCAAAAGGUGACUGCUGUCUCAUUUUGGUUUAUUUUUGUUCUCUGUUUUUACUCCUCCUGAUCUUUGCUGACAUGAAUGAGAAGAUGAUGAACGUGAGUUUCAGCUGUUGUGGAACAAAUCAACGUUAACGAUUAAUGAAAAACCAUCAAAGUGUGUGGAAAAUGUUCAAAAACGACCAAGGCAAUAGGAGAAUAAUAAUUCACCCUCAGCAGUUCUGAUCUGCACGUGCUCCAGGUUUAAUGGAGAUGAACAACCCUUUCACCUCCUUUUAAGAUGUAAGGUAACAGGGUUGAUGCAUUGCUGCAAGGAUGUUUUCCUCUUAUCUUCUUCCUCACCACAGGCUCUGAUUUGCUGCAUUCAUCAGCUCAGCAGUGCAAAUAAAACCUGACAUUGCAGUGGCUGUUCGGCCGCCGUUAGGUCCACCCAGCUGCAGUUGUAAAGUUCAGAAUCACAUCUCCGCCGUGUUCUCCACGUAAAACGUAGAGUUUAAGUCGUGAUUCAGGCAGAAAUGAGUGGACCGUUAUUAUCCUCAGACAGAUGUUUGCAUAAAUGUUUAUAAAUUACUCAGCAUGUUUAAACCACAUGGAUGAAAAGAAGCUGCUUCAUCAAUGCCACAAAACACGUCAAGUUACCAAAUCCGGGUCUUUAUAUAAUAUUACUGUUGGAUACAGUAAUAACCCUCACCUGCCAUCGCCUACUCCACCUGCAGAGGGCGUCCAUCAUCACUGGUGUUACGUUUGACUUGACCGUUGCUUUGUUAAUAUUUUAAGUUUGUUUUCUACACAACUGGUACAACAUUUUAGAUUUUAAGUUCGAUUGAAGCAGAAGUUGUUUUCUGUAAAACAUCGAAGGCUUUUCUUUUUAUUCUCAGGAUCAGAGCAGCACAACAGGGAGUCGAGCACAGCGGAGUUCAAAUGAUGUCUUCAUGUGUUUGUGGACAUGAUGGGCGAGUGAGAAAUACCAGUUUGACGUGUGUGUGCGUGUGCGUGUGUGUGUGUGUUUAACAACCUUUUACAGGUUUUAAGCUCGAUUUGCCAAGUUCUUAUAUUACAUUUAUUUUUGUUUUUGCUGCACUUUUAAAAAUUGUCUUUUUUUUUUUGUUUUUUUUUUUUUAUCAAACAUCAGAUUUCACUUAAAACAAGCUCCUUACUGUGGAGUGUUUCUCUCGGUUUUUAAUUUUUUUAUUUUUGAGUCCCUCAUCAGCAGCCUGGUAAAGACAUUACUGUAAUUUAUCUUAUUUAUCACUAAAAAGCGUUGCUGUCUGAUCCCAGUUCCCCUGAACCAGUUGCAUAAGAUUAGAAAGAUCAGCGUACGUGUCAUCGUGACACUCGGCUCAGAUGGACGUUCUGAUCCUUAAGAUCAUGUGGUAGAAAUCAGCAACAGCUCUGCAAAUAUAACAUUUGUCUGAGCAUUACUUAAACAUUUAUAACGGUUCAGAUUAGAAUCCCCGAUUAGAUUGAAGAUUAAAACGUCAAGGUUUAACUUCUCUGCUUGUUGCUUCUGCCUUUUUUUUCCCCCCACCAGUUUUCUGAAUCUGAUUCAAAUGUUGGGUCAGUGGCAACUGACUCAUGUCCUUGACAACAAAGUAUUAGUUUUUGUUGGGACAAACACAAUAAAAUACAUCUUUAUAUUGUGAUUUAACAUCAGAUUGCAUUGUAAACCCUUUAAUUUUACUUUCUAUUUGUUAAUUUGUGUUUCAGCCUCCCACAGUCUUCACUCUAUUAUAAAUUGCAACUUAAAUCCUAAAUAAAUAGUAAACUGCUGUGUUUUAGAAGAUUUUGCACAAAUUAUUAUAAUUUUUUACAUGUCAUUUUUGCUCUGUGUUUUGGGGUUAGUAAAGCGUGCGGUGUGCAUGCAGCUUUCAUUUCCACAGACGUGUUUGUCUCACAGAGGGCUGAACCUUAAAUGCUGAUGAUUUUGUACUAUUUUUAUUAAUAAAUAGCACAAACAGUAUCUUCACCACAAAAUUAGACUUUGUUUUUUAAACCUGAGUUAUGUGUGAUUGUGACAAGACAACAAGAAGAGUAAACGUUUAGAUAUGACCAUUUUUCCAUGUGCUUCUCAUCUCCUGUUGAAUCCUGUUUUAUUUUGUAAGAUUUCAGUUUUGUUUUGAUUUAAAUGACUUCAGACGGCAGCAGGACAAUCGUGCAGCAACUUGUUGUAUGAAUGUUGAUGUAAUGUUUGCAAAACUUGCACUGAAUGUUGGUCAAACUGAUGUGUUCCAAGUUUGAAUACAAAGGAAAGUAUAAACUACA